AGAAGGUCUCCCACCUACUCUGCUCCCAACUCCCCCGAGUACUACCUGAGAGAAGAGAGAAGAGAGAAGAGAGAAGAGAGAAGAGAGAAGAGAGGGAUAUUAACCAGGGAAGAAUAAAUUGGAUCAUGAACGCAGUUGAGGUGGCGUUCUUUGUGCUGCUGUUGUUAGCUGCGGCGGCGGAGCUUCCAAGGGGAGAUGCGCUGUGGCUGGAGUUGCCGAGCUCCGGUACCAAGUGCGUGUCCGAGGAAAUCCACAAUAACGUCGUCGUUUUGGGGGAUUAUUACAUCAUCGGCGACGAGGGGCAUAAAGUCGUCCCCACCAUUUCCGUCAAGGUGACAUCACCAUAUGGAAACAGUCUCCACCAUCAAAACAAUGUGACUCACGGUCAAUUUGCAUUUACAUCUACUGAGUCUGGUAGCUACCUCGCUUGUUUCUGGAUGGAUGGCGAUUUACCAGUGACGAAGGGUGCAACUGUUGGGCUUGACUGGAAGACAGGAAUUUUUGCCAAGGAUUGGAUAUCGGUUGCAAAAAAAGAAAAGAUAGAAGGAGUCAAUCUUGAGUUGAUGAAACUUGAAGGAAUAAUUCAAGCCAUCCAUGAAAAUUUGAGCUAUCUGAAGGAUAGGUAAUUUUUCUUGCUUAUGUUUAGAGAAUGAGUUUCUAUUGAGCAGAGAAAAAGACAUAAAUUGUACACUACUAUUGAGCAGUGGAAAAAAUUAGUACAUCUUUAUUUGAAUCCCCAAAACUGGUCAAUUACUAUUAGGAUUUUGAACUAAUUUGAUCUUUUUUGGAUUAAUUGACAAAUUACUCCCAAGAUAUUUUCUUUUCCUUUCUUUGAUUUGGAUUUGGCCGCUGGGUCCUCUUGCUCCUAGCUCAACUAGCAAUCUCCACAUAGAACAUCAGCAAUCAUUUCUCGUACUCUUUGGUUUCUCACUCGUUCAACGCCGACUGAGUGCAGAGGCUGUGUUCACUAAUCCCAAAUUGCAAUUUGGUUGGUUGAUUUAAGGCAAAAUGAGUUCUGGGCUUGAUUUUGCCUACACAUUGAUGCCGAUGAACCUGAAGCACCUAUGUGGGCACUUGGGCUCGCAGUUCUCUCUGCUGGCCGCACCCAAAAAUCCCCGACAGGUUUAGUGGCAAGGAAGUGGUGGUGGGUGACUUCGGCACUACUUUCACCAAAUUUCCACCAGAGCUCUAUAACGUGGUGGUCUCUGUGGUCGACAACCAAAUCGGGUUGGGUUACGACAUAUGGGGUGACUUGGUCACUUGGAGGAGAAAACUGGGUUGAGUUACAACAUAGCGGAUCAAAUUAGUCCAGAAUCAUAAUAUCAAUAAUAAUAGACCAAUUUU